AUAUCAUCCAUCGGUGAAGGUCGAUCUGUCGUUGGCUUGUUAAAUUUCCUUACUGAUUACGAAAUUUUAUAGUUUUUAUACAUAGUAGUGCAAAUUGAAAAUAUGAAUUUCUUUCAAGUCUUUUUAAGGUAAAAAUAAAUCAUAUUCUUUCUUGAUGACGAAAGUAAAAUUACCAAAAAUAUAAGUUGACCGAGUAGUUCUCUUAUCGUUCACACAUGUAAGGAGCUUACGAUAAACGUGGAAAGAAACAAUAUAAUUAGAUAUCUAUGUAUAUUUUACUCUAUAUAUAUUUAUAAAUGCAUAUAUUGCGUAUAUAGAUUGAUAUAAAUUACUUUUCUUCAAUUAGAAUGCUAUCGAGAAAUGAAAAGUUGGUAGAACGUUUGUCAGAAUCAUAUCCUAUGCGAAGGGCAGCUCAAUAUGUAGCCUAUCUAUUUCAUUCGUUUAAGGCAAUAAGCGACGAUUCAUUUAAAAAGUUCUCAGAAACUCAAAUGAGAGAAAUAGCAAAAAAAGGAGAUCGGUUUAAAUCAACAUUCAACGAUGAAUUAAAGAAAGGAUUUGAAAAGAUAAAAGAAGAUAUGAAAAAAUCUAAACAAGUGUAA